AAACACAUCUGGCAGAGACAGAGGAGCGACCGAGGAGGAAAUAGCGGAUCAUUUCUUAGUGUUUUAAUAAUAGUAAGUGUGAACAUCUUAGCCUUUUCAGCGGAAAUGGAACUUAUGUGAUAAAAACCUAGAGAUGCUUUGAUUAUCUACGCAAAGUAGACCUGGCCUACUUCUAAGAACCUUCUGCAAAUUUGGAUAAGGGCUAUUUGCUGACCAAUGGGGAGUUUUGCUGGUCAUGCGCUCCCCGGGAGUUUCUUCCUGUUUUGGGGACUGUGGUGGGGGAUGAAGUCCUCACUUUGGCAUUUGACCCGGAGGAACAAGAGUACAGGAUCAAGCCGACUCCCGUCCAGAGCGGCCCAAAGAAGACUAGAGAUCAUAGAGAGCUCUGCCAUAGUAUUCUGUUCUAUUGUUGGGAUUUUAGCAGAGCAGUUUGCAGCAAAUGGCCCAAAGCUGCAGUUGUAUGACACCUCAGAAAACCACUGGAAGGACUUGAUGAACUGGCAGCACUCCACUAUGUACAUGCUUUUUGGUUUGAUGGGGGCAGUGUCUCUGAUUGUCCACACCACUGCAGCUGCUCCUCUCCCUUUGGAUAGACUCAUGCUAUGUCUGGCUUUCUUUAAUGAAGGAUUUCUUUUCCUCUACCAUCUACACGGCAGAGCUAUGCUGGAUGUCAUAGUGCAUCAGCUUUUGCUUUACGCCAUUUUUGGACAGGCUCUGAUUGCAUUUCUGGAGGUUUUCCACCGAGGAAAUGUCAUCCUUGAACUUAUGCGAUCUGCUCUAACCAUCCUACAAGGGAGCUGGUUCUGGCAGAUUGGGUUCGUCCUGUACCCUCCCCGGGGGCCACAAUGGGACUUGAGCGACCACAGCAAUAUGAUGUUUGUGGUCAUGUGCUUCUCCUGGCACCUGAUGUUUGCGCUGCUCUUUACCGGAUUGGUCUAUAGCACUGUCAGCUGUGUCGUUCGGGUCAGACUAAAGAGGACUCCUCCUAUGGAGAUGGGACUUCUAUCCAAACCCAGAGAGCGAGAUGCAGAGUCAGAGGAUGAAGCUUUCUGAUGAGACAAUUUUUGUUGAAUAUAUUUUGUUCAGUGCAAAAAUACACCUUUGGGGGGUGGUACAAAAAACUAACUACUUCUUUUAUUUAAGAUAUGUCUCUUCCUCUGUCAUCUUUCUUUGUCCAAUAUCAUUUUACCCCAAGUGUUUAUUUAUUUCAUUCUUUGCAUGAGGGCUCCAGUGCCAACCUUAUACAUUUGCACAAACUUCAUAAAAUUCAUGUAUUUAUUAUUGGUUGUCAUGUUUUUCAUUUGUUCUGCCUCCACAUGUUUUUUCUUUCUAAAACUAAAGCUGCAGCAACAAUUGAUAAUAAUUAAUGACCUAAUCUGACCAUGGUCUGGGGUCACUCACUGCUCCUGACAGGUUGCCAGAGUAACAAUAGAAUGGGAAUGGGAAUGAAUGGUUCAAAUACAGAGAACUCAUUUCCCUACAGGUAUAAAAGGUCUAAUUAGCAUAAAAAUAAAAUGCAGCACUUCUGGAUUUUAAUUUAUUCUCUGUUUAUAUCUGGCUAUGUUGUUUAUUUUAUUUCAAUAAAUAACAUAGCUGUUUGCCUCUUA